UCACGCAACUCGCGAGUGAACCGUCGUGUACUGCGAUCGCGCGCGAGGAGCUUUCGUCGCCGCUCGAGCCAUGUGUCAUGUUUUCAUCACAGAAGGGAAUUGCUAACUUUUGUACUUCACAUUUCUCGCCAUGAAUGAGUAAUUGUUGUGUACUGGACAAGGUCUGUGGGGUAAUACCACGUGACCCCGAGAAGGACAGCUUUCGCCGAGUGUCUAGUUUUUCUCGUAAGCUCGUGGCCGUUGACACUGCAGCGUGCGGAUCCCGCAGUGCGCGAGUGUGUGGUUAAUUGGCAGACUUUAGGACGUCAGCUGAGUCGCGUAAACAGUGCUCUAGCAUAAGUGCACUGACGGGACUGGUCCUAGGAAAAAGCGAUGGCUCAGGCACAAACAUCUCCGGACUAAACGUUGCUUACCGGUCGCGAAAGUAGUUCAACAUGCGGAGUUUGAUUUUGCUUAUGCUAACAGGAACUGUUUUUGCUGUCGAAGUCCACUUCGAGAACAAAGACAGCGGAUUCUUCCUCAAGCACACAGCGAGAUGGAAUGGCGCCGGCCCUCCUCCGGAGCCUAUGGGCACAGCACUACCUGGCGCUCUCCUGUCCCUGGAUCGAUUUACCGUCUUGCAAGGCUCCGCGCCGGCUUCAGUUCGUGCGACUUACGGGCCUUUCUCCACUAAACAGACAGUACCAGCACGAUACGCUGUUCCCGAUCCAUUAGAACCACCACGAAGAAAUGCUACGCUACAGGAAUUACAGGAUGCAACCGCACACCGCCUAGAUGUGUCUGCUCAUCUUGUUUUUCGAGAACUUCCACGCGACACACCGGUGUUACGUGUGCUUUUUCACACUGGUGGCGAAGGAGGCGCGCGUCGUGCGGCUGCCAGGCCGAGACGAGUUUGCAUCACUUUGCACGCCACUCUUGGCACACGAACAUUAACUGCAACGUGUGGACCAGAAGGCGAGGAAGGGGCCUGUUUGGCGGAGCUCACCAUUCCAGCGCCGUGGUGGCCAGCAGAUGGUAAAGGAAAGCGCCCACCGAGAACUUUACGAUUGGCAUACAGUGCUGCAGAAGCUAGUAGUGUAGAAAGUGGAGAGAAUGCAUGUGGCAGAGUAUCAGUUCAACCUGCGUGGCCACUUGGCACUGUUAUGCUCGCAGGAGCACGAGCCGGGUACCGUGAGGCGCGCGCCGGAGAUGAUGCCGCGCUUCUUUUGCCCCGAGCCCCAUUAUACCCACAUUCAAGAUUGCAUCUGCCGUUUGUUGUUCGUCGAGAUGCCAGCCAUGCUAUUGGACACCUGGUUAUCAGAAUGAAGGUGAAAUCAGGGUUGCGGUUAGUGAGCGUGAGUGCAGCCAAUUCGCGCUGGGCAGUCACCACUGAAGUAAAAGCACGUGCCGCCACUGUUACAGCGACGCGUCUCGAACAACCGCUACGAGAUGAUGAUGGGAUCGAAUCCCAAGGAGAAGAAGAUAGUGGCGCUGGUGGACCAGGCUGGGAGGAGGUCCUCACUUGGCUGGUGGAAGUUGGCGCUGAAGGAGAAAGUGAUGCCGAGGGAUCAGAAGGCGAGUCCGGUCGAGGAACUGCACGGUUAAGUUGGUCGACCAAGUUAUCUGCCGGCGCUUCCACUACAGCCACUACUGAAGAACCUCCUCAUGAACAUAGAGUCAAUACACGACUUGAUAUUGAAAAAGAUGACAUUCAAGCCGUGUUGCCAAUUUCAAAGAACUGGGAGGUGCUGAACACAGCAGUGUUGACUGGCAGGCAGGUCUCUCAAGCCAUGAAGGUUUUGAUCGUCUCACAAGCAGGUCAAGUCGCUGACGUCACCUUGCAGAGCUCCUGUCAUUCGGAAGAUGAGAGUGUGCUCAAAGUCUCUUCAUCAUGCAGUUCAGUGUAUGUGGAUGGGUCCGAGAUCCGCGGCUCUUCUAAUGCCUCCGUGAUCGUUAAGUACGGGACAUACACUGGUCUGGCUCGCUUCACCGUCUGGAUGCCGGAAUACCCCCUUGAAAUUGACGUUGACGACAACCGUCUCUCACAAAUCAAAGGGUGGAAAGUGUCAGAUGACGCCAGCACAAAGGACAGGAUGAAGCGGUCUCUAUCGGCUCGGGGCUGGGGUGGCGCCAGGCCGGAUGCCACCAACGCCUUAACGGAUCAACGCUCUUGUCGCCUGAGAUAUCAGCAAAGCAAUGUUGAGGUUUACGCCCGUUUCUUGGCCAAAGAUCAUGACUCAGGGCGCGUAUCAUACUUCGUCUCUAGAAGAACUUGGCUCAAAGUAACUGAGCUAGUACUAUCGCUAAUGCGUGUGUCCGACCCUCGAAUCGCUUCGCUGCGCGGACGAGUGCUCCAAGGCAGAACCACCGGUAGAACUGAAGUACAAGUCUUGUCUCCUAUAACCGGUCGGGUGAUCGGGCUUCGGGAGGUUCGUGUGGUGAACGACAAAGUGUCAAUUUCCCGUUUGUUGGUGCGCGUCAUCUCUGGUCUGCAGUUGAAUAUUUCUCCUGACUCAGCAAUUGAGAAUGGAUACGUGUCCGAAACCACUGUCACCAGACGACUUACGGCGCAAUACCAGGAGGGUCUCCUAGAUAUAGACAUGGAGUUCUCAGAUGGGAGUCGCACAGCACUGCGGGACGUAGACGUGUCGGAUUAUUACUUGGUAGUGGAAAGCCUUGAUCCUGAAGUAGUCGCGUUUGCUCCAAUGCUGGCCUCUAAACACCCAAGGGUUAUUGCCGUUGGUGAAGGCAGUGGAGAACUUCUGCGUGUAACAUUACUAACGCCUGAGCAAUGUCGUUCUGGACCUCUGCGGCGCGUAGCUCUACCCGGCAAAGGCGAUGCGAAGACCCCAGCUAACAUCAAGAAUAUUCCUGGAGCCUUAGCGACUGCGGCUGCAAGUGUAGAUGUGGACUUCAGCGGAGGUGACGCCCCACAACGACCAGAUACACCACAGAAUGAUGAUAUUAUGGCUAGAGGACAGAUACAUAGUGAUAUCUAUAAAAUAUUCUCGCCAAUGAAGGACGAGAACAACCAUGAGCCGACGGUGCAAGCGCAACAGUAUGGGUCCAUCUUCAAGAGCAUACAGUCACACAACCGGCACGUGCCUGCGCACGCUAAUAGUAUUUCGACUGUUGAAAUCGGAAUGUACGUUUUACUGGGAGCCUUCUGCUUUGCCAUCAUGGUAUUCGUGGUAUCUUGCGUAGUAUACGCUGCUAGAAUGAAGCCAAUGCGAACGGAGGGUGGCGUCGCCGCAGGUAGGCUUAUGCCGAGUGUGGUGGAGGGUGGCCGGUUGCAAGUAGCCGGCCUAGUUGGGACCACCCUUGGCCUCGCCAGGGAGAAACCGAACAAGGAAUCUACUACCAAUGCACACGAUUGGGUUUGGCUAGGUCGGGCGACAAUAGAAAAGAACGGCAACCGCCACGCAGCAUUAACCAAUCGCAACUCGACGCAACCCGACAACGGCAACGAGAUGAGAAUCACGGCCAAUCCUCUCAAUUACAACUACGUCGACCCUGAGGACGCGAUCCGCGACAACGGAAAUGUAAUGGUGACAAGUUUUGACAACCCCAAUUCGAUCGAACUGCCGUCGCAAAACGACAGAUGUGUAAUCGAUACUACUACAUACAGCAAGAAAUUGCCACGACACACGCGCCAGCAUCCAGGAGAUGGAAAUUGGCAGACGGAGUCCAACGGCCAAGAUGACUACCGACCCCCUGUACCUCCACAUCGCAACCCUUCGGCCCCACAACCUCAAAUUCCUAUCCCACCACGAAAUCCAAACAAAAUUUUGCCAGAGGCCGUCAUGCCUCCCACUAGACGGAGCCACUCCCGGAGUCACCACAAGAAGCAUGACCGCGAGCACGAUUUUUCCAAAAGAUCACCAGAAAAUGCCCGUCGCUCGGACCGAAUUAUUGAUUUAAACAAAACCGAGUCCCCAUACGUAUCAAGCCGAGACAUGAAAGAUUACCGUCGCGAUUCAAACCCGAUUCUGCACCGUAGUGACUUAGAAGACAACCCCGUAGAGAAACUUACUAACAAGGAGGACUGCGCACGACUCUUCGAAUUCGACAAUGAUGCACCUCUCAUCAUGGAGAAUAAGGACUAUCGGGAGAUAAUAGGCCUCAACAGAGGCACCGAUGACUCCCGACGGACCUUCGCGAAACCGCAAAGCCCGGACUACAUGCACGACUCUGGAAUAGGCAUGCCUGAUGUACAAAUGAGACACAAGAACCGAUCCAAAGAAUCAAACAACGCCAAACCGGAUUUCGUCGAAGCUUCUAACCCAAAUAAAGCAGGUAGCAGUUCGCCGGAGGUUAAGCGCGCCACAAUUGUAGGUAACCCGAUGUAUUCCCGAAGUGCAACCGGGACUGAGGGAGAGUCUGGGCCCGAGGCACUCGGCCUCGACGACUUACACAUGGACUACGACCAGAUCAUGCACUAUUUCCACAACCUCAAGGAAUCAAACGCCUGAGUAGAGCAGAUCAUUGCAAAGAUCCGGCAGAUAUUGUCAACGUUUAAGUAUCAGCAUAUCAUCAAAGCUCCUCCAAUCGACGCAUACAAUGCACGGGCUGAUAUAUCCGCCCCCGCGGACCCUGAGGAUACUACCAUUGACGCGCACAACAACAACUUCUCUGACAACGCGCACGUAUACGAGAAUUUUAGCAACCGCAACAUCAUCGCCCCCACCAAACUGCUCUGCGAAUCCAUCGCACACAAAAAUAACUUCAUGAAAACCCAACUGAAGUUCUUAUUAGAGCACUUGAGUGAAGCCUACGAAUAAUUUGUUGUUAGUGGUCAAGGUAUUAUCCUCAACAUUAAUACAAUAUAUGUCUCAAUGUGGAUCCUUGCAGUGAUCAGAAUCGAAAAUAUACAAAAUGUAACUGUUUUAUACCAACCUAAACUUAUCGGUAAACGUAUUUACUCUAGUCAACAACAAAGCUGCACAUAUUUAAGUACUCAUACAUAAUAAUAGUUGUGUGCAAGUAGGUAAUACUCAUAUGUCAAUGAUAUUAUAUUAAUUAGAUAUUAUAUAAACGUGUACACGCGAUGUCUGUAUAUUGAUAUAUAAACUAUUCGGGCUAAUUGAAUAAGUAAGCUAAAUUAUUGUCUAAAUACUUGAGCAUCUAGCUGUGUUGUUUACUACAUUAUAGUAAUCUUAAACCAAAUACAAAAAGUUUGCAUUUGUCCUAGAUGUGUACAUAUUUUUCCAUUAGAAGGUAAAACUGCUACCUCACUUUUGUCUAACUUAUUAUAGCUUAGGUAAUGUCUAAAUAAUGUUUGUCAUGAUUUUAAAUAUUUCUGCAACGUUUCUAGAUAUUGUGUACAUAAUUAUUUUGUAUCAUUCCACUUAGAUUGCAAAUUGAUUUUUUGUCUACAGUGAAUAGAUUUUAAGACUGCGAAAUGCCAGUGUUUAGGGUAAUAAUCAUAGUACGGUAAGCUUAGUAUAAGAUACACAACUAGUCAAAUUUAUAUUGAGCAAUAAUUGCUCAAAGUACAUUAUUUUGUUCUUUAUUAACCCACGAUUUGUAACAGUUAAGCUUAUCAGCUUUAAAAUGUUCCUCUAUACCACCGUUAAUUGUAAGUUUGAAUUGGUUGUUUUAAGUAUUUAUCCCUAAAUAUUAGUAUCAUACUUUUUGCAAUUUUGCUUGCUAGCACAAAGGACAGUUACAUUUAGAGUUGUCCUUAAGAGACUUUAAGAUAUUCUAAAACAUCCAUUAGUUUACAGCAAAUUUUGAAUAAAAAGAAGUUUGAUCUUGUGAUAAAAUAAACGACUGCUACAGAUUGAUUCAACGGCAAUCAGUCUUAUAAAGCCAUAUCAUAUACAAAACCUAGCGCUUGUAUAAUAUUGUAAACA